AUGGACACCCUUCUUUCCCUGCCGAAUGGUGCAUCACCGGCGCUUUCGCACUUUUCGGACGUAUCCCGUGCUUCGACACCGACAAGACUUGACGAUGUGUCGCACGAGAAGAGCAGCGUAACCAGUUCGCAAGUCCCAAAUCCACGGCAACCUUUCCGGUGGAAUAUCCUACACGCGCUCAGCACGCGCAUAUAUCCUCCUUCCUCGUCCAAGCCAUCUGCCGUUCUCGGACUGUCGACGAGUCUUCCAACAGCUAUUGUAGCAAACGGACUACUGUGCGUUGGAAAGACGGAUGGAAUGACCCACGUCUUCGAUUUUCGACAGCAUUUGAGGUGUACAUGCGGAAACGAAACCUCUGGUACGUCCACGGGAGCUGUUACAGCCCUUGCACUUUCUCAUGAUCACACGUUCCUUGCAGUUGGACAUGCACAAGGUCACAUAUAUCUGUAUGACCUUGCCCGACAUCAAGUUCCGGCGCGAACUGUCCCGCCUACAACGAUGAGCGCGGUAGCAUCUGGCAAGAAAGAAGGCCAUCUAGCGGGGUCAUCCAUCACUCAUCUUAGCUUCAUUGGUGCGCGACACACCGCCCUUGUUUCGGCCGAUAAGAGUGGGCUUGCAUUCUAUCACAGCCUUGGCAAGGUGCUAUUUAUAGAAGCGAGCGAUGUGCUUCGAAUAUUGGGUCGAUACCCCGAUGAGAUUCACGCAACUGCUGCAAGACAUACGUCCGGCGCCACCACACCCGUGAUUCGGUCGAGAAGCACCAUUCUGUCGAUGUCUGCACUUCCACUCGGCCCAGCCGCCCACCCAACAGAAGCAUACAACUUGAUUGCUAUCCUCACACCAGUGAAGCUGAUUGUUGUGGGUCUUCGUCCCUCCCCACGAACAUGGUUUCGACAUCACCGCGACGUUGAUUCAUCAGAGAAGAACCCGUCUCUUUAUGCAGGUUGUUUAGCAUGGUUCCCAAGCUUUGCGGAUAGCAAGCACACUGAAGGUAGAACAUUACAAGAACGACCGCAAGCAUCCAGCAGGCCGGUGUUGGCAUAUUCAUGGGGAAAUACCGUGAUUUUGAUGAGGGUGGAUGAGAUCGGCAAGGUCACAUUCGAGCAAGUCGGGAACUGGAGUGCGGACGGGGAUAUAGUGGCUAUCAUUUGGUUGAAUCAGAUGCAACUACUUGUGUUCACUUCGGAAGGCGUGGAUGUGAUCGACGUACAAAAGAUGAUAUCCAUCGAGCGGACUGCAAUACCCUCGGAAUAUGUCAUAGCCAACCGCUGGGCACCAGAUCCACAGGCCGCCAUCAGCACUCCAUCUCAUUUGCGUGCCGGAUCGCUCUUGACAUGGACCGAUCAUAUCUUAAUGUUCAUCAAACAAGGUGAUUUCCUCAGCGCGAUCGACCUCUGUCGAAGCUACUUAACAGGAGAGGCUACUGGCAACAAAGCCGGAUUACCUGAAGAUGCAGAUACCCUUCGUCAGGUCGUGGGUCAGAAGAUGUCGGAACUGAUGGUUGCCUCCGCCUCGUUUGCUUUUUCGGAGGACCGAAUGCAUGACUCAACGCACGACGCCCCUGAUGGCCGCGGUGUGGAUCGGACCUGGUUAUUCGAGAAGAUGGUCAGCACCUGCGCGGAAGCCUGUCUCACGCUAGGUGACAAUGACUUCCUCUUCAAUGAUCUCUACGAACGCUAUCAAGAUAUGGGGAUUGAUGGCAUAUAUCUCGCACAACUUGAGCCGUUUGUACUUGAUGGACGGAUUCGAACCAUCCCACCGCAUAUCUCUCAGCGUCUAAUUGCUGUACACGAGGAGAACGAGCAGUACGGCCGAGCCGAAGCCCUGAUCUGGCACAUCGAUCCGUUGUCCCUUGAUAUCAACCAAGCUAUCCACCUUUGUCGCGAUCAGCAACUCUGCGACGCCCUCGUUUACGUGUACACAAACUGCUUGAAGGACUAUGUGACGCCAAUAGUCGAUCUUCUGCUUCUCAUCCAUGAGAUCCGUUUGCUCCAGGCUGGCGGGACAUAUCAGUUUAACGUCUCCCACAUGGAUCUUGAGACUAUGAUGACCCACGCGUACAAGGUCUACGCCUAUCUGGGUGACGUCCUGACCGGCGUGGAAUACCCGAGCAACGGACAGAUGGACGAAGAUGAUGCCACGAAUGCAAAACGGAUGGUAUACGCAUUUCUAUUUUUCGGUCGCACUUCCCCGGGAGAAAGUGGGCAUUUGGUCGUGACUGUAGAUGAUGAUGGUCUAGAGAUCAGCUACCCCUAUUUGCGAAUGCUCUUGUCAUUCGAUGCCGAGGCGUUCCUCCACACGUUGGACCUGGCUUUCGAAGAUUCAUACCUCAACGACGAUGGACAAGGUGUGAACCGGCAGCUCAUCAUCAAUGUUCUUCUUGAUAUCGCUCAUCUGCACGACCUGCAACCAGAGGAUGCCACCUUCGUCCGUAUUUUCAUCGCACGAAACGCGCCGAAGUAUCCUCAGUUUGUGCGUGUCACGCCAAGCACCUACGAUCGACUGCUGCUAGAACUCGCAAGUGACCCUGAUGUCGGUACAAGGGAAGAUCGUCAACUUGCUUCGGAGUAUCUGUUAUCCGCAUAUACUCCGCACGACGGCGAUCGGCUGGUCGAUGUUUUCGAGCGAGCGGGCUUCUAUCGCAUUCUGCGCUCGAUAUAUUCGCAGGAACGAAAGUGGCUUUCAUUGCUGUCGACAUACCUGCGAGACGAAGACCUUCCGCGAGAAGAACUUUUCGCAAGUCUGGACAAGACAAUAAUCAGAACGGCAAAGGCGUGCAAUGGUGUCUUACCCGAUGAACUGCGGCAGAUGAUCUUGGAAUCGAUUCCCCGUCUUCUCCACUCCAGUAUAUAUGAAACUGCUGUUUUGGUCGAUAAUCAUCUCCAAUCCGAUCAUGCGCGGGUGUUGGAGGCAAUGCCUCCGCGGAGCUAUCAGCAAUUUGCGUACUUGCGAUACCUGCUCGAGCCAAACCUUUUGGAAGGUAUAGAUGAUGAUCACAUACCCCGGAAGCGAAGAUUGGAACAUGUCGAUUCUACUGCACGGCAUCUAUAUGUGGAGCUGCUCUGCGAAUACGAUGCUGGAGGUAUUAUACGUGCCAUCAAUGCACUGCCGAGUGGUUUUCUGAACCUACAGGAGAUCAUUCAGACCUGUAACGAACGAGGCUUGUAUGACAUCGAGAUCUGGUCUCUCAAUCGUGAGGGUCGACCGAGUAAGGCCCUAGAUCGAUUGGAGGUUGUUAUGGCUCAGCAAGCGAAUGCGCUCGCGGAUCUUGCAGAAUCUGGACCGGAAGAACUUGAGAACGGUAUCCAAGUGGACAAAUACGUCUCUCAAUUGCGAGCCACUACCGCGAUGGGCUUGCGGAUAUGCCAAGAACGAGGGCAACACCCGUCGACUGCUGGACUCCACAUCGAAGAAAUGUGGUUCCGUCUUCUGUACAGUGAAGUGAACAUCGUGCAAUUGGUGUCAACAGCUAUAUCUCCUAAGGCUGCGUCAAUCGGAAACAUCCCUGAGGAGAACCAUUCUUCCUUAUUGGAGUCACUGCGUGCGUUAGUGCAAGAGACGCUAGUGAAGUUGAUUUCCACGCCAACCUCACGAUCUACAUCACUAUCGUUCCCCGCGCUAUUUGCACGCCUCGUAGAUUCCGUAUCAGCAACGCAUCACGCAUCUACGUAUUCUGAAUUUCGGACUAUCUUGACUGGCAUGCUCAGCCAUUAUCGUUCUGAAGCGGACACACUUGGCAUUGUGGGACAGCUGGUUGGUCAAGAUCUCUUCAGCGCAGUGGAAGAGAAGACACGAUAUCGAAGACGAGGCUGGCCGGCCAAGGCUGGAAAUUGCGAUUUCUGCGGCCGACCCUUGCAUCCGCCAGAACCAAAAACGCGAGCCGGCACAAUGCAGGCCUCGAUCGCCAACGGCCAUGCGAAUGGUGCUGCCGCUCCGGUAGAUGAACCUGGUCGCGGCCCUGAUGACGUGGUUAUUGGAUUGGGUGGAUUAGUUUACCAUAAGCGCUGUUUCGAAGUGCUACGACGUAAUACCCCUCACUAA